AUUGAGCAGAUCAACCUCAUAUUAAUUUCUUCUUUCACUAAAGAAAGGUCAUUAGAUAUGGCUUCCUUUAAUUCUUCCUCUCCAACUCUCACAACCUUUAAAUUCCUUAUAGGGGCAUUUUAUUUUCUUGUUGGAAUCUCCUCUGCUCAGUUAUCUUCUACUUUCUAUUCAACAACAUGCCCUAGUGCCCUCUCCUCCAUUAAGUCAGCUGUAAACUCUGCUGUAUCCAGUGAGGCUCGUAUGGGUGCAUCAUUGCUUCGUCUUCAUUUCCAUGACUGCUUUGUUAAUGGAUGUGAUGCAUCAGUAUUGUUGGAUGGAGCGGCAGGUGAGAAGACAGCACCCGCUAACAAUAAUUCUCUAAGGGGCUUUGAAGUUAUUGACAAGAUUAAAUCCCAAUUGGAGAGUUCAUGCCCUGGUGUGGUUUCCUGUGCAGAUAUCUUAGCCGUUGCUGCUAGAGACUCUGUUGUUGCUUUGGGUGGACCUAGUUGGACAGUUCAAUUAGGCAGAAGAGAUUCAACCACAGCAAGUUUUAGUGCUGCUUCUACCAACAUACCUUCUCCAUUUUCAGAUCUCAGUCUUCUCAUCUCUAAUUUCUCCAGCAAAGGUUUCACUACUAAAGAAAUGGUGGCUCUCUCAGGAUCUCAUACAAUUGGACAAGCAAGAUGCACAAUAUUUCGCAACAGGAUUUACAACGAAACCAACAUAGAUUCUUCAUUUGCAACAUCACUAAAAGCCAAUUGUCCUACCUCUGGAGGAGACAAUACACUCGCUCCUCUUGAUCUCACCAGUCCAAAUGCUUUUGAUAAUGCUUAUUUCAGGAAUUUGUUGAGCCAAAAGGGACUCCUGCACUCUGACCAACAACUCUUCAGUGGAGGUUCUACAGACGCUCAAGUCAGAGCUUAUAGCACCAAUCCAACAUCUUUCAGUACAGAUUUUGCCAAUGCAAUGGUGAAGAUGGGAAACCUCAGCCCACUUACAGGCACAAGUGGCCAGAUCAGGACCAACUGUAGGAAAGCCAAUUGAGUCUAUUAUACUCUGUUUUCAGGUCUUUUCAUGGCCAAUACAUAACUGUAUUCCAUAUAUGCAUUGUGUAAUAGAGACAUGUUCCGUUGUUGUUUCUUUUCUUUUUAUAAUGGAAGUUCCUGUUGUUGAUUUUCAUUUGUAUUAGUGGGAUUUACAUAUUAAAUUUUGUUUCAUGUGGAUGUAUUAUCUUCCUUAAUAAAAGUAAUGCGUUUUCUUAGUA